GUGAAUGUUGGAUGUGUACCCAAAAAGGUGAUGUGGAACACGGCUGUCCACUCCGAGUUCAUGCAUGACCAUGUUGAUUAUGGGUUUCAGAGCUGUGAGGGGAGAUUCAGCUGGCGUGUCAUAAAGGAGAAGCGGGAUGCCUAUGUGAGCCGCCUGAACACCAUCUAUCAAAACAACCUAACCAAGUCCCAUAUAGAGAUCAUCCACGGCCAUGCUGCGUUCACCAGCGACCCCACGCCCACGGUCGAGGUCAACGGGAAGAAGUACACCGCUCCCCACAUCCUGAUCGCCACGGGCGGUGUGCCCUCACGUCCGCACGAGAGCCAGAUCCCCGGCGCCAGCCUCGGGAUCACCAGCGAUGGAUUCUUUGAGCUGGAAGAGCUGCCUCGCCGCAGUGUCAUCGUGGGCGCGGGGUACAUCGCGGUGGAAAUCGCUGGCAUCCUGGCGGCCCUGGGCUCUAAGACAUCGCUUGUGAUACGGCACGACAAGGUGCUCAGGAGCUUCGACUCCGUGAUCAGCUCCAACUGCACUGAGGAGCUGGAGAACGCGGGCAUCGAGGUCCUGAAGAACUCCCAGGUCGCAGAAGUUAAGAAGACGGCCUCAGGCUUGGAGCUCCGCGUGGUCACUGAAGUUCCUGGGGCGACGCCUGCCUCUUCCUCCGUGUCUGCCUCCAGCCCUGCCACAAUUGCUGGCGUCGACUGCCUGCUCUGGGCCAUCGGGCGGGACCCGAACUCCAGGGGCCUGAACUUACACCGCCUGGGGGUUCAGACUGAUGACAAAGGUCACAUCAUAGUGGAUGAAUUCCAGAACACCAACGUGCAAGGUGUCUAUGCAGUUGGGGACGUGUGUGGAAAAGCUCUUCUCACUCCAGUGGCCAUAGCUGCUGGCCGGAAACUCGCCCACAGACUUUUCGAAUGCAAAGAAGAUUCCAAACUAGACUACGACAACAUCCCCACUGUGGUUUUCAGCCACCCCCCUAUUGGGACAGUGGGACUCACGGAAGAGGAGGCCAUUCAUAAAUAUGGAAAAGAAAAUGUGAAGACCUACUCGACCACCUUCACCCCCAUGUAUCACGCAGUCACCAAAAGGAAAACGAAGUGUGUGAUGAAGAUGGUGUGCGCCCACCGAGAGGAGAAGGUGGUCGGCAUCCACAUGCAGGGGAUCGGGUGUGACGAGAUGCUGCAGGGCUUUGCUGUGGCCGUGAAGAUGGGGGCGACGAAGGCAGACUUCGACAACACGGUGGCGAUCCACCCCACCUCUUCGGAAGAGCUGGUCACGCUUCGCUGAGGACUGACUCAGCCCUCGCACCCCUGCCCUGCCGAGACAUCGUGUUCCCUUACUGUUCCAGUCCGUGCAUGUCUUUAUUUUAAUCAGGAUCUUUUGGAAAUUGUGGUAAAUAACAGGACAUAUUUAUGUCAUUGGAAAUUUGUUAUCUGAGAUUGAUUUUCAGUUGAUCGCAUCUCACAAUACCAUUUUAAAGGUUUUUUAUGAACACCUCUGUGCUAGUUGCUUUUUUCUGCUUCAGCUUCAGCCCAAGUGUGAACGAUGUGAAGCCCAGUUAGUGCACUUGAAUGGCUGUAGCUCCCUGGUCUUUACAGAGGUACGGCAGCUUCGCAGGUGCGAACAGUGCAGUGCACAGGCCGCGCUUGGAAUCCAGCACCGUGUUCUGCGUGGGCAGAGCUGCUUUGAAGAUGCGGCCUUUCCCUGAAAGCACGUGCCUUCAGAGGCCUGCCUCCCUCACUUUGUCUCUUGCGUUCAGGGGCUUGAAAGUGGAUUGUAUUUUUAUGAAAUGAACUACAUCAAAACUGAGUAAGUUUUGAGGAGGCUGGUUAAAUACGGGAGGGAUAUUUAAGAGAGAUACCUCCUCUCGGAAGGAGAUGGGGCCAGCCAGUGAUGUGGUUAAAGUGUCUGGAUCCCAUAUGGUCGACUCUGUGGCUCAAGUCCCGGACCUGGCAGCUUGGGAAACGCGCCAGGUGUGUCUCCAGCGAGUGCAUGUGCCCUGUGGCGGAACUGGAAAGAAAAAGACGUGUUCAGAUGCUUCCAAAGUCCCCUUCUCUGCUAAGAAUUCAUUGUUCAAUGCAUAACUUAAUACUUGUAUGUGUUCUUGUCACUUCAUUUUUCUGGAAAUUAUUCUAAAAAUUUGAAAAUAAAAUCACAGCCAUUUUAUAAAA